UAGUUGAAGAAACUUUGGUAUCAAAAUAUGGAUCAUCCGCUUCUAUUCUUGGAUUUGUUCCGUUACUUGAUGAUCAAGAAAAUUUGCACAAAUUAUAUGCUUGUCAAAAUCCUACAUUUGGUGAACCAAUAUUUUCAUCCACUCAUUCAUCAAGUAAUAUUAGUAACAAUUAUGAAUUGAUGAGAUCAAAUAAAAAAAUGCCAUUUGUCCAGGAUGUUGAUAAUCCGCAAGGUACUAAUGAAGAAUUUUUUUCAUCUCUUUGUCAUGUGUCAAAGCAAGAUGACGAAAAAAUGGCAAGAUUUUAUCAACAUUUGAUACGCGUUCUUAAAUCUUUUGGAGAUGGGUCUAUUGAAAGUAGUGACAUCAAUAAAAAUGGCAUACACUUUGAUAAUUUCGCGGCUAUUUUUAACGAUGGGUUAGAAAGUUGA